AUGGUUUCCAAUUCAAACACAUGGCGACCUUUUUACAAUCUUUAUAAUACAGAUACGAAGACGAAUGAUUUUGAUCAUGAUUGUUUCCAUUCACCAAUAACUGAGACAAAUCAUAUAGAUGACGUGGAGUAUAUAGUCGAACAAAUUGUUGAAUAUUGUAUUCGAACAUCUUUGAAGGAAAUAAUCGAUGUUAAUGAAAAAUCAAUAUCAUCUAAAUUAACUUUUGAUGAAUUAAAAAAGAAUAAUAUAACAUCUACAGAUCUAAUGCAAUGGUCAAGUCCUAUUGAUCUUAUCGAACGUUACGAAUACUUUCUGCAAAUAAACACAUCUUCAUCAGCUGAAGUAUUUUACAAUUGUACUCCACCAUGGUUUGGAUCAAUUUGUCAAUAUAGAUUUGUUUUAAACCAAUCAUUUUCAUCUUUUAUUCAAAUGAGAAUUGACGAGCGUGAAUUUUUCGAUAAUAAAACAACAGUAACCUGUUAUAUACAUAUGAAAUGUAGCAAUCAUUCAUUUCUAACGUGUCUUGAUUGGCGUGAAAUAUGUGAUGGAAAAGUGAACUGUUUUGAUGAUGGUGAAGAUGAAAAAUAUUGUGCUGAACUUGAAUUGAAUCAAUGUGAAGAAAACGAAUAUCAAUGUCGAAAUGGUAUGUGUGUGAAUAUAGACUUCGUGUCAGAUGAAAAUCUUUCAUGGCAUACCGAUUUUAGUCCAGAGUGUUUGGAUGGAUCGGAUGAAAGUUAUAGUAGAAGCCUCAUUGAAUGUGGGAGAGACUCAUCUUUUAUAUGUGAAGAUGUUCUUUGUAAACAAUAUACCGAUUUUAAUUGUGGAAAUGGAAAUUGUUAUGAUGUGAGUGAACGUCCAGCAUUUGUUCACUGUACAAACUAUCGAGAUAAAGAAAUUAAUUAUGUGUUUGACUGGAACAAUCCGAUGGAUACACGAUAUCCUCUUUGUUUCAAAAUUGUUAUGUGUGUGUCAUACCCAUUUUUCUGGGGCGACGACUUUGAUAAAUAUUGUAAAAACUUCUGCAAUAACCAAGAAGAAUGUCAAAUACAUACUGUUAAAAAUUGUCCAUCUGCAUUCAUUGCACCAACAUUUCCAAUUUGGGAUGGUCAUGUGAGAUUCGGCUAUUUUUCUAAUUCAACAUCUAUCAAAUAUUUCGGAUAUGAACCUGACUUUGUAUGUUACAACAAAGAUCUUUGUCCAUUUCUCAUUCCAACAUUCACAUUCGAUAAUUAUACAUGUUUACAUACUGAGCAAUUGAAUUUAACAUUAAUGGACAACAUAUAUAAAACAUUUAGGGGAUGUAUUCAACUCUUUCAAAAUACUAAUGAUAUCACUUGUUUCAAUCCAACUGCAGUACGUUGCUUAGGAACAAAUAAAUGUAUACCUAAGCAUCGAAUUAUGGAUGGAUUUCCGGAUUGUUAUAAUGCUUUUGAUGAGUCAAUUGCAGCUAAUUCCUGUGCAUUGAAUGAUAAACAUCGUUUCCAAUGUCCAGAUGAACAGAAAUGUCUCUCACCUGCACUUGUGAAUGAUGGAUGGAAGGACUGUAUUAAUGGAAUAGAUGAGACUACGGCUAGUGAUGUGGUAGCUACAAUUCAUCACCUCCUUUUCUCUUCUUUUUGUAAUGGAGUGGUUGAGAUAGUUCCUAUAGAAAAUGAAACUGAUGAAAAUGAUUGUGAAGAAUGGCCUUGUAUAAAUCAAUAUACACUUUGUAAUGGGCAAUGGAAUUGUCCAAAAGGAGAUGACGAAAUCAAUUGUUCAUCAAGUUUUCAAUGUCCUGCAAAUCAUCAUCCUUGUUUGUCUCCAAAGAGUCGCAAAAUGGAUUGUUUGCAUAUAAAUCGUAUUGAAGAUGGUAAUAUUGAUUGUCUUGGAUCAACAGAUGAACGAUCUUAUUGUAGAUUACAACAUCCAAUAGAAUUUUUGAAGCGUUAUCGCUGUUGGAAUGAUACAACAUGUACUUCAAUUACCGAUGCCUGUGAUCGUUGCGAUAAAUCCAACGAAUUUGAUCAAAUAUGUGAUAAAACUACUGACAAAUAUCGAGACAUUAAGAAUUAUUUAGAUAAUAUAGACAGUUUUGGUAAGACUAGAAAACAACCAUUCUGUCAUAAAUCAUCACUUAGUUUUCCUCCAGCUCAAUCUCCACUACCAGUUCAUAAGCAGAUACAAAAUGAUAUGAUAAAAACUGAGAAAAUGUCUACAGUUAAGCAGAAUAAUGAUUCAAGAUUAUGGUUAUGCAAUAAAGGAUUUGUAAUUCUCGUCGGUAAAAAUGAGACAGAACAAUGUCUUUGCCCAGAAACUUAUUAUGGUGAUCUUUGCCAAUAUCAAAAUCAGCGUGUUAGUCUCACUAUUCGAUUACGUCAAGAAAAUUUAAAAAAUAUAAAUGUAAUUGGUAUUAUUAUUAGACUUGUUGAUUAUACUGGUUUUGUUCAUUCUUAUGAACAAAUGACAUAUAAAUCCAUAAUUAGUUGUAAUUGGAAAUAUAAUAUGCAUUUACUUUAUCAAAAUCGUCCGAAAGAUAUGACAAAGAAUUAUACAAUCUAUAUUGAUGCAUAUGAUAAAGUAAAACUUGCUUAUCAUACGAGUUGGAUAUUUCCAGUCCAAUUUCUUUUUAUGCCUGUUAAUCGUAUGAGCCUUCAAUUGAUAAUCCCAGCACAGCAAGAUUGUUACUUGUUAUGCAGUGACAAAUAUCUAAAAUCAUUAACAAAUGAUAAUAUGCAAUCUUGCCGAUGCUUAAAUUGGGUAAAUUCAUUUUCUACGAUACAACACAAGUGUGAUUGUUCAUCAGACUCGAUGUGUAUUGGUUUUAAAGGAAAUCGAUCGAUUUGUCUAUGCUCUUUAAACAAAACAGGACCUCGAUGUUAUCUUAAUUCACUCUGUCAAAUGAAUAACACAUGUAUAAACAACGGUAUUUGUGUACCACAUGAUUAUCGACAAUCUUCAAUUAACUUUACAUGUGUUUGUCCAGAUGGAUUCUCUGGCGAAUUUUGUGAAAAGACAGAUGUACGAAUAGAUAUCUCAUUUUCUAAUGUUGAAGCUCCACAAUCUCUAUUUGUUCACUUUAUCAACGUUCUAUCAAGUAAUGAUCGAAGCAAAACCUUAGAUCCUGCUCGAAUAACUAUGUUCAAGAAAAUUCUAUUCAAUCAAAAAACAAUAUCUUUUAAUAUGCCACAAUCCUUUCAUCUUGUUUUCGUUGAAUUUGAUCAUAUGUAUUAUUUUAUUAUUCUUCAGCAUGAGCAUAGAUCUUCAGUUGUUUUUUCUACACAAAUCUCUCAAUCACAACGUUGUCGGUACAUACAAGAAGUAUUGGAUAAAGACAAAUUAGGAUAUUCACCUCUUCGUCGUGUAAAAUACUAUCACGAUAUAUGUCAAAAUCAUUCUGAUCUUACUUGUUUUCAUGAUAAUUAUACAUUUAUGUGUUUAUGUACAGAACAAAGACAAGCGAAUUGUUUUCAUUUUAAUUUUACUAUGACUUACGACUGCAAAGGCCGAAAUGACUGCCAACAUGAUGGACAAUGUUUUCAAGACGAUCCACAUUGUGCAAAACAAAAAAUGUGUGUUUGUCAAGAAUGUUUUUAUGGUGAUAAA